AUGUCAUAUCGAGGGCUUGAUGAAGGCAUGAGACGCUCACGUAGUUUGUCUAACAAGGGUGAAUUGAUACCAAGACAUCUUAUACCUACCAAGACACCCUUUCAUCGAGCUUGUCAAGUUACAAUCGAACAAUCGCUGUAUCCUAGAAUUGGCCAACUUUUACGACUUAAUAAAUUCGGUCCAGCCAUCUCACUAUACCAUCAGCAUCUCACGGCAAAGACACGAGAAUCUAGACGGGAUGUCGAUUCAAGUGGCCGAUCGGCUGAUAUCUCCUCACUCUUACGCUCAGCCCAAUUAUUUCGGUCAUAUGGUCACCCUCAAUUAGCUAUCGACGCACUGAAUUCCCUUCGAGCUUUCAUGGACUCUCUCGCUGCGUGUCCGACGAUGUCUUCCUCCUCAUCGCAUACACACGCCGCCGUAUCAUUCUUUCAGGCGUGCAACGAACUUACUUGGAGAUCUAGCACACAUGCAAAAGGUUAUGGACAAUCCGCUUCGAUAGGUCAUCACAUCGAAAUUGGCAAGCUUCUGGCAAGAAUCAGGCGCGUUCAAGAACCAGGGCACCAAGACCGUCAUCAGUCUCCGAAACAGCAGAAUAUCAAAGCUCAGAGUGUAACGAACCUUUCAUGCAAAAUUCAAAUAACUUCGGCCGAAGACUCCAAAGUACUAGAGGUUAUCCUUGGUACUUUACUCAAACUUGGAGAGCCAGAUUGGCUCGUUUCAAUCUUGAGAGACGCUUUUCCUCGAUUCAUAAAUCAAAUCGGAGUUCAUUUAUAUCCUCAUCUGCCUCGUCAGACAUUCGAUCAGCCUUGGCAGCUAAUCGAUAUUCCAAAUGGCCGCUUGGUCAAAUUUCUUGUAGCUUCCUAUAGUCUCUCGCGUGAUGUGGACCGAGCCUAUGUCAUAUGUCGAUUCUACAGACGCCUAUGGAAUCUUCACAGGGGAGAAGAAGCUCGCGAUGUGGCCCCCGAUAUCAACUUGCUACGAGCAAUUUCCCGAUUACCGCAUAUAACCGAAAAACAUAUUCGAAUGGUGCGAAACAUUUUGGGUGGUAUGCAGAAUGAUGGAAUAGCAUUGGAUACCUAUGUCCUGGAGGGUUUGAUGGAUUCACGUUACCGUAUGCGUUCUCAUUGGGGUCUGCGGCGACCACAUGCAACAGCCUUUCAUGUCCUUCAAGCUCUCCUAGAUCAAUCAAUAGGAUUGUUUCUUUUGCACUGGCGCCGUCCAAUCACCUUCAAAAUGCAUUCACAACCUGGAAAAACACAGUUAAUCAAGGGUGUUAGUCAGGGUCAACGUCAAUUGAGGGCAUGGAAAUUAAGACCCACCGGUCGAUCUUUUACCUUAUGUCUUUUGAGUCUUCGUUCCAAACUUAAGUACGAAGCCCGAUUAGCCAUCAGACAGAAGACUUACGAGCUUAAUCACUCUUUUCAAUUGGAUAGUACCUAUCAAGUUGAUAAAAAUCCACAAUCUUCUUCACGGCGGCCCUCACCAGGCUUGCAUCGUUCUCUGAUGUGCCAGAUGAUAGUACUCGAAACCAUUCACGCAUCCAAUUGCAACGUACGAUCAUCUCAGAGCGAUACUGCAACAUAUCUUCCUAGCCGACAUCGUCUAUUGACAUCUAUCAAUCUCAAGCUGUGUCUAGAAGUAUUUCUAUGUGCAAAAGACUAUGCUGGUGCAUGUGUUCUGUUGAGACAUAUCCGGUACACUUAUCAAGAAGAUAGGCCUGUUACAUUGUUCGAGCUAGUGAUGAAAGAAAUCCCUGACUUGGUCAAGAAAAGUCUUCGAUUACCUGAAGAUUAUGACAGUUUUCUAAAUUACAUUAGAUUGAGUGGACCCGUACAUGAAUCAAACACGAAGGAGACGGACAUGCACCUUAUACCGGAACUCAGCUCCCCUGAGAUCCAAGCCAAUGACCAAAAGCACGCCGAUCUUACUGACUUGAACGUGUACAAAGCCCUGGAAGUCUUACUCCGUUGCUGUGAACCGAACCGGCCUGAUGAUUGGUGGAACUCGGAGCUUGCUGCUGUAACUCAUUUUCUAAGGAAACAAAUGACUUGUGAUCAAUACAAACAAAUUUCACUGGGAAUCAAGGAUUGAAGUGCUAUAUGUAUUCAAGAUUGUGUUGAAUUCUCGUCAUGACAAGUAUAUGAGGUCAAAGGGUAGGUUCAUCAUUACAAUGCGUAUGAUUUUAAAUGAAAUAUGUUAUUCCAAAACUUGAGCACGUUUGAGGCUUUCGUCACUUUUCUUUAUCGUUUUUAUAAUAAAUUUUAAUCACACAAGCAUACUAAAGUAGCAACAUGGAGACUGAAAACAAAAGAUGUUAAUUGAUUGGAAAUGUUGAUGAGUCUGAAGUUUGCUGAGUCGUUCAAGAAGCGAUUGAAUCUCACCAAGCGAAAUUGUGAUGACUCAGUACUAUGGAUGAUGAUCUGAUCAAGACUCUUUGAUGAUUCUUGAUCAUGAUCUGAAGAUUUGUAAUGAUAGUCCUUUUGUAUCCAUAGCCGCACUACCAC